UCUUAGAUCUUCCUGUAUAUCUCAAUGUGCAUAGCAAAUAAAUUCCCACGUAAACAUUUCAAGUUCUAGGUCAAGAAAAUUGGUCGCUGCAGUCUAGCGCUGAAGGAAAUGUUUUCUGGAACCUCGCUGACAAGUUAGGUCAUUCCGAAAAUACUUCACACGCGUCGUGCACGUUUCGAUAGCGUGAACGAGCAAAUUAUACAACGUGGAAAAUUACAUUCCCUGGAAAUUGAAAAUAGCAAUAUGAUAGGAGAAAAUAACACGUGAAAUAACUGACCUUUCUUCCCUAAUAAGGCCAAAUGUACAACGCGAUAACUGUUUACAUCGCUUUCUAUUUCUAUUCCAAGCAGAUGGAUUGAGAAAUAAAUAGGCCUUGAAACGCUUGUACCCAGAUUACAUGUACCCAGUUUUCCAAGCCGCUCAAGUAACAAGAAACUUCUAGUGCCGGAGUCAAUCAGUAAUAAACAAGAGCUUCCCAGUAAGAUAAAAAUUGUAAAUUUUAAGCAUUUGUAGAUAACAAAUCGGAAAACUUGAAUAAACAGAGCAAUCGAAGACCAGAUGUAAAAUGCAAAUAAAAAGUUACAAAGCUAGGUAGCUUGUGGCAGCGAAGGCAUUGGGGGUGAGAAGUUUAGCUCUCGUUUCCAUGGAAGCGGUGAGGACAGAAAGGCAAAAUGGCGACUUUCCUAACGUUGAUGGGGUCAAGAAGAGAAGUUGUCGAACAAUUGUUCGGAAAGAAAAGGGAUGCUGAAGAGCAAAGAGAAAGAGAGUUCCAAGCAGCUCUUAAAAUCCAAUGUUGGUUUAGAGGAACAAAAGUUAGAGCAUACUUGAAAUUUCUUCAUUACUGUGCAAGAACAAUACAAAGGCAUUUCCGUGGACAUAAAGGGAGGGAAAUUUACCGACAACUUGUGCAGGAAAGAUUAGCCAAGAUGAGGAUAGACUUCUACAACAAGCAGGCAACAAUCAUUCAAAGAUUCUGGAGAGGGUUUUAUGUUCGUAAAUAUAUCUACAAUUACUACAGUCGCAAGAGAUACUUAGAGGGAGUUCUUGCCAAGAAUGAAAUAGUGAGGUAAAAAAUAAAUGCAACGCUUAAGCAGAAGUCUCAGUUACCUGCAGAUGCGGCAGAGAUUCUUAAUCACUCACAAAGCAUAAAAAUAGUAUCUAGGGAAUCAAAGAAUGCUCCUCUUCCACCAAUCUCAAUGAAGACAGCAGCAAAAGUGCAAGGCCCAUUCCGCACCCCAGACGAGGUCUGGCAACAGAGACAUAAACCCCUUAAUCCAUCUUUAAGAGUGGCCACUUCGUACCUUUCAGCAGAGGAUGCAAGGGCUGACAUGAAAGCCAAUGAAUGGCUUACUAAACAGUUGAAAGCAAGAAAAACACAUUACUUAAUCAGUACCCAUCAACUUCCUGGAGUGUACAACUCUCCAUUCUACCCACCGCAACCAUCAGCGAAAGAAAUUGAACUAAGAAAUGCAAGACCCCUCAGCCGCAGAAGUCAGCUUAAGCAGAAGUCUCAGUUACCUGCAGAUGCGGCAGAGAUUCUUAAUCACUCACAAAGCAUAAAAAUAGUAUCUAGGGAAUCAAAGAAUGCUCCUCUUCCACCAAUCUCAAUGAAGACAGCAGCAAAAGUGCAAGGCCCAUUCCGCACCCCAGACGAGGUCUGGCAACAGAGACAUAAACCCCUUAAUCCAUCUUUAAGAGUGGCCACUUCGUACCUUUCAGCAGAGGAUGCAAGGGCUGACAUGAAAGCCAAUGAAUGGGUAACAAGGCUGAUAGACGAUAAAUUUGUUCCAUUCACGCAUAGAGAGCGCCCUUAUGAUCCUUUACUACACACCACUUCCCAAUAUGGAAGUUUACCGUAUGGAACAAAGCAUUUCAGAGAAGAAGAUCCAGAACGACAUAUAACGCCCUCGAGAUUUCAAACAGUGGUCUCUCCGAUUCCUGUGUUCGAACAGUUUGGGAAAACGUACUGAUGUCCUUGACACAAAAACACUUAGAAAAAUUAUAAAAAUAGUUAGCAUAGUGUUUAUUGCUACAGAUAACGGGUUUUUUUUAAAGAAAACUUUAAAAUGUCUCUUAUUUCAAGGGAAAAAACUGGUUUGCGUUCGGUUAAUUUUGACUCGCAAAUUCGCUUCAAUAAACAAUUUUCUUCCUACCCAAGACAAAGGUUUAUCUAGGCUGUAUAUAGUAUUCCGAACUGUAUUUCUGCAAUUGAUAUGAAGACUCUAGCCCUUUGUAAAUUAUAUUCAAAGAAGUAGCAAGCUUUUCUUGUAAAUAGUUAGCAUGCAGUUCACGUAUCAUGUAAAAUAUUAUCUUAGAAAUAUCUACGUUGACGAAAUAAAAACACGGCAAGCCACGUUUGA